AUGGGAUUUAUGCCUAGCCGAAUACAGGCUCCCAACGUUGCGGACUCGUCUCCGUCCGGUUCUGUACCAGUCUUCUCCUUUAUAUUGUUGCCACUGCACCACCCAUAUGGCUGCUUCAGACAAAGUUAUGUGAAUGGCGAAGAGAAUACGAAUUGCUUGGCGAAAGCAAAAUCGCAAUCAGUGGCCCAGAAGAAUAGCUACAACUUCAACUACUUGAACAGCUUCUCCUUGUCGUUCUCAUCAUUGGCCGAUGGCUCCUGCCAAAAGAAGACAUUAGCAAUCUCAUCAGAUAUUGUCGAAUUCUUCGAUGUUUUCAAAGAGAAGGCUGUGUACAAUAAUGUUAAUGUCCAACAAAUCGUGCUCGCUGCCUGGACGCUGAGUCUUCUCCAGUUUCCGUUCGUACUCACUGUAAGCAGAGCAAGAAAAAUGAGAGUUGCUAUUACAAAGACUUAUGAAGAGCUCAUCAUGCCUCACACUAGACCACCAAAUUUCUGGGAGGUAUUCUACGAUGUCGACAUUUGGGCUAUUAUACUAGCCAACUCCCUCCAAGACAUCCCCUUCCUUCUGGUCCGUUUAUACUUGAUGCUUCAACACAGUCUCGUCACCUACACAAUGAUAUUCUUCACUUGCAAAAAUGCACUCAUAAUCGCACUUCAGACAUACAGGGCUUUCAUCCUGCUCAAUGACCGCUAUAUUCGUCCUAAACCUCCCGAUUUUGAUAUGCUGGAUUCACAUGCUCAUCACACUCGUGACCACCAACGGAAGCCAACCUCACAUCGUAAAAGGAAAUCAAAGCGCGACAAAUCCGAAGAACGUCAGCAUCUAUUCAGCCCUCACCGUGAGAGAAGCCAUAAACGAGAGCGUCGUAGAAUGGACACUUUGGAAGAAACAACAGCGUGA